GCGGCGUUCUCCUGGCGACCGAGAGCGUCGCGGGCGGUCCCGCGUCUGUCGCGGCGUGACAGCUGGCCCCGGGGCCUGCGCCGGAGACCGCCGGACCUGCCCGAAGCCCGUCAUGGAGCCUGUGACCUUUGAAGAUGUGGCUGUGAACUUCACCCUGGAGGAAUGGGCCUUGCUGCAUCCUUCCCAAAUUAAACUGUACAGAGAUGUGAUGGAAGAGACUUUCAGGAACCUAACAGCUAUAUGUAUGGAACAAACACAGGAAGGCCACAACAUUGAAGAUGACCACAGAAGUUCCAUGAGGAGUCUAAGAAGUGAAGUGUUGGGCAAUCUGGGUGAACAUAAAGUUAGCAAAUGUGAAGAAAUGUUCAGCCAGAUACUAGGUACAGUUUGGAACAAGGAUACUCCUUCUGGAGUAAAACUGUGUGAAAAGCAUGUAUGUGAAGAUGGCUUCAUUGGUCAUUCAUCUCUAAAUGUGCCUGUUCCUGUUCAAACUGGACAAAAACCUUAUAAAUAUGAAAUACACGGAAGGACUCUCUGUCAGGUUAAGGAAUGUGAGGAUGUCUUCACUUAUCCUGAAUGCUUUCUGAAGCAGGAAGAUACUCAAGAUGGAGAGCAAACCUAUAAAUGUAAGCAAUGUGGGAGAGCUUUCCAGAGUCACAGCUACAUUCAAAUUCAUGUUCAGAUUGGCACUCGAGAGAAAACAUAUGUGUGUAAGCAAUGUGAUAAUGCCUUCAUGAAUCAGAGUUUCCUUCAGUGCCAUGAAAAGAUUCACCUAGUGAAAAAGCCCUAUGUAUAUAAGCAAGGUGGGAAGAAAACCUUUUCUAAAAGUUUGAGUAGUAUUCCAAGACAUGAACGAACUCUCACUGGAGAGAAACCCUACCAAUGUAAAAAAUGUGAGAAAGCUUUCAAUUAUUUGACUAACUUUCGUGACCAUGAAAGAACUCAUACUGGUGAGAAACCCUAUGUGUGUAAGCACUGUGGGAAAGCCUUCACUUAUUAUAAUUCUCUUCAGAGGCAUAAACGAUGUCACACUGGAGAGAAACCCUAUGUAUGUAAAGUUUGUGAUAAAGCCUUUACUAAUCACAGUUCCUUUCAAUAUCAUGAAAGGAUUCAUAGUGGUGAGAAACCCUAUGUCUGUGAGCAGUGUGGGAAAGGUUUCAUCUCUUCCCGUUCCAUUCGGAUACAUGAACGAACUCACACUGGAGAGAAGCCCUAUAAAUGUAAGCAGUGUGAUAAAGUCUUUAGUGUUGACAGUUCCCUACGACGCCAUGAAAGACUUCACAGUGGAGCGAAACCUUAUGUUUGUAAGCAGUGUGGGAAAGCCUUUGCUGCUCACAGUUCCCUUCAACGCCAUGAAAGGAUUCAUAGUGGAGAGAAACCUUAUGUCUGUAAACAGUGUGGAAAAGCCUUUUCUUCUUUGAGUCAUUGUCAAAGACAUGAACAAAUUCACACCGGUGAGAAUCUUUACAUAUGUAAGCAGUGUGGGAAAGCAUUGGCUUGUAGUUCCCUUAAAAAACAUGAAAAGACUCACACUAGAGAAAAUUCCUUAAAAUCAGAAUAGAAACCUUACAAAUGUCGACAGUGUGGCAAAGCCUUUUCUUCUUCCAGUAAGGUUCGGAGACAUGAACAAACUCACACAGGUGAGAAGCCCUUUAUAUGUAAGCAGUGUGGGAAAACCUUCACCAGUCACGGUUCCCUUCGACGCCAUGAAAAGAUUCACAGUGGAGAGAAGCCCUAUAUAUGUAAGCAGUGUGGGAAAGCCUUUACUGGUCAUAGUUCCCUUCCACGCCAUGAGAGGAUUCAUAGAGGAGAGAAGCCGUAUGUGUGUAAUCAGUGCGGGAAAUGUUUCAUCUCUUCUAGCACCUGCCGAGUACACGAACGGACUCACACUGGAGAGAAACUCUAUGUAUGUAACCUGUGUGAUAAAGCCCUCACUACUCGCAAUUCCCUUCGAAAUCAUGAGAGGAUUCACAGUGGGGAGAAACCCUACGUCUGUCAGCAGUGUGGGAAAUGCUUCGUUUCUUCUGGUACCUUUCGAAUACAUGAACGAAUUCACACCGGAGAGAAGCCCUAUAAAUGCAAGGAAUGUGGCAAAGCCUUCACUAUUCACAGUUCUCUUCAGCGUCAUGAAAGGACUCACAGUGGUGAAAAACCCUACGACUGUAAGCAGUGUGGGAAAGCCUUCAGUGGUUACAGUUCCUUUCAACGCCAUGGAAGGAUUCACAGUGGAGAGAAACCCUAUGUCUGUAAGCAGUGCGGGAAAGCCUUCACCACUUUGGGUGAUUGUCAGAGACAUGAACAAAUUCACACUGGAGAGAAACCCUAUAUAUGUAGCCAUUGUGGGAAAGCCUUCACUCGUAGUAGUUCCCUUAAAAUACACGAAAAGACCCAACACUGGAGAGAGUUCCUUAGCAUAGCAAACAGGGCAGGGCAUCGAGAAGAGAAGUAGUGGCGGUGUGAAGCCUGCAGUCAUCUGGGCGAGUCAGCAAAUAAACUGGUCAGACACCUUGUUUAGAAGAGAGGUGCACAAGUCUUUGGUUGGCGGAAAUCCAAGUAUGUGCCCAGUAUCAAGACUUGUAAAUGUACAGAAAACAUAAGAAAAUUGUCACUUGUAAGAAAUUUCAAAAUUCUGUGAAAUGUCCUCAGGUAAUGGGAUGCUAUAAGUAUGCCUUAUGAAAAGCUUGAUGCAAAGUAAUUUAUGUGAAAUGCUUCAGAUAUUAUACAACCAAAAGUAAAUGUUCUAAAGUUGUAAGUAUAUUGUGCUUAUUAGUUGUUCAUUAUUAAAGUAGAUUUCUGGGCUAUUUCUAAUUUCAUUCACGAAAAUAAAUGGUGAGAUGACAUAA